AUAAAUGGAUAAUGGAGUCAAAUGUUUGAGGAUAAGAUCAUGAGACCACCACACAAAGGGCAAGACUUUGAGAUAGGGAGAGAAAGAGAUCAAAAGAAUGAUGGGUGCCAUUCCCAGCAAUAAGCCAUUUGCAGCUAAAUCAGCUCACACAAUAUUCCCAAAGGCCACCAAAUCAACUCCUCCAUCAUCAUCAUCAUCUUCUUCUUCUUCAACUAAGAGAAAUGAUCUCCCUUUCCCCAUGAUGAAGAAAAGAGGCAAAAGAGCAGCUAGAGGUGUGAUAACAAUACCAACAUCAUCAGAUAGAAGAAGAUGGGAUGAGAGGGGGAAUUGUGAGUUCAACUUGUCCCUGCAAGAUCUCCACCUACAAGACCUAUCUGAGGACACAAAUAAUGCCCAACUUUCCAUCACUCUCUCCAUUCAAAAGCACAUAGGCUUUGGACUAUCUGUGGAGGGUAGAGUCAUAACAUCCAUAGCCAGAAAAUGCAGAAACUGUUCUAAACCCUACUGCAAAGAGAUUGAUGCAAACUUCAACGCAUGGGUUCUGCCAAGCCGGCAAAAGUCCUCUUCUCAUGAACUCCCCCUCAUAGGGUUGGAUGACCCCUCAGUUAUCUAUGUGAAACCGGGGAACGAAGCCAACCUUGAUUCUCUAGUACAAGAUACUCUUCGAGUUGCAACCUCAGUGAAUGAGACUUGUUCAGAAUCUUGUGAGAAAUCUGAACCGAAAAUGCAGCAAGCCCGGGGUAAACCGAAUGCUGCAUCUAUCGACAGGAGGUGGUCAAGACUGUUGGAGCUAAAACAAUCCGGUUUAUGAAACAUGUACAUUUAAUAGUUGAUAUGGCAUAUAUAAUUGUAUUAACAGCAAGGUUUUCAAUAGAGACAUGAUCCCAUUCAUUCAUUAUAACAAGGGACAUCUUGUCAUUAACAGUCCAUACUGUUAGAAAAUUCUUAAACCCACACUAAUUUAAAUACUUAUUAUAAACUGAACGUUAUUGUUUAUACGAGUAUAUGUGAUAUCAAUGCAAAUAAAGUACUAGUCGAUACAAAGAGCCAAUUCUUCUCUAGCUGCGGCUUCCACGUCUUCAUCAACGAGCUCCUGUGGCUGAGGCAUGAACCUACGUGCCCUUUCCCCAUGAUGAAGAAAAGAGGCAAACAUGUUCUAAACCAUACCAACAUGUUCUAAACCAGGCUUUGGACUAUCUGUGGAUGGUAGAGUCAUAACAUCCAUAGCCAGAAAAUGCAGAAACUGUUCUAACCCCUACUGCAAAGAGAUUGAUGCAAACUUUAAUGAUUGGGUUCUGCCAAGCAGGCAAAGUGUUGCAACUUCAGUAAAUGUACACAUAAGUA